AAAAAAAAAUUGCAGUUAAUGAAAUUCGACUUGCGCGACAGAGCAGACGUCAUGUAAAGUGACCAGGCUUAUUUUUUUUUUACCGGAAGGCAAGAAACGUUAACAGUGAAGGCGACUCUGGGACGCUGGACUUGCAACGAAAAAGCCAUAUCCCAGACAGUCCAAUAAAAAGAAAAGAUUAAGGUGGGCAAAAAAUGUACUUCAGGUGUCAGGCCUGCAGGCAGUUGCAGUAAGCCACCAUGUCCACGACCCAGCAGCAGAACCAGGUGAUCCUCCAGUUUCGCUUCGGUACCUUUGGAGACUCCAUGCUGCAGAAGAUGAACCAGCUUCGCCGACAGAGUCGCUUCUGUGAUGUUACAGUGCGCAUCAAUGAAUUGGAGGUCCCCGGUCACAAGGUGGUGUUGGCUGCCGGUUCGCCCUUUCUCCGUGACCAGUUCUUCCUGCAGGACUCGUCCACAAGAGAGGUCCAGAUAUGCAUUACCCAGGAGGCGGAGGUGGGCCAGCGGUUGCUGCUGUCCUGCUACACCGGCACCCUGGAGCUGCCUGAGCUGGAGCUGGUCAACUACCUGACUGUUGCCAGCUUCCUCCAGAUGGGCCACGUGGUGGAACAGUGCACCCAGGCCCUGAAGAAAUUCAUCCAGCCUCGAAACUGCCAGGUGAAACCCCAGCCUCAGGAGGACGAGGGAGACGGACAUCUGCCUGUCAGAGGCCAGAGGGCUCAGGAGCCACCCUCGGAACAGGAGGUGCAUCGUGACGAAGACGGGGAUGACGACGAAGACUUAGAAGAAGACGACGACGUGAUUAUUCAGCCGAUGACCCCUCCCCAGAGGCGGGACAGGGGCGAGGGGGAGGAGAGCCCGAUCACCAUCGUGAAGGUGGAGUCUGUUUGCGAGCGGGUGUCGGAGAUGUCCGACCGCGCCUCUGCCCCCACCCAGGGGUGCUUCCCCAGCAGCCCCCCGUCGUCGUUACACUCCCCUGAACCCCAGCACUCCCUCAUCAACUCCACAGUGGACACCCGGCCCGGGGAGAUUAGCCUGCCGCCUAUGCCGGGAUACCCACUCAGCCCCCCUCCGCUACCUACCUCAGCCACAGGGAGACCUAACCUGGGGGGCCACCCACGAGACAAAUCCCUCCAGUGGUACCACCAGUGCCCCAAGUGUGCCCGGGUUUUCCGCCAGCUGGAGAACUACGCCAACCACCUUAAGAUGCACAAGCUGUUCAUGUGUCUGCUGUGCGGCAAGACGUUCACCCAGAAGGGCAACCUGCACCGGCACAUGCGGGUCCACGCCGGCAUCAAACCCUUCCAAUGCAAGAUCUGCGGCAAGACCUUUACGCAGAAAUGCUCCCUCCUGGAUCACCUGAACUUACACAGCGGAGACAAGCCCCAUCGCUGUAACUACUGUGACAUGGUGUUCGCGCACAAGCCAGUCCUCCGCAAACACCUCAAACAAAUCCACGGCAAGAAUAGCUUUGACAAUGCCAAUGAGCGGAGCCUGCUACACGAUGGGGUUCUGGACCUGGAUUAUGCGCGUCUGCAGGACUGUAGCGUGGAAAAGCCUGUUCUAAUGGACGAUUCUCUUUAGUGCCGUCACGGUGCAUUUCCAAUAAGUCACAAAUGGAUUGCCCUCCAGUAACGUUAGCUUAAUUAAACCCGAAUCGUACGGUACUUGAAAGUAGAACACUGAAUAUUUUUAAAAUUGUUUCUCUUGACGUGAAUGCAGUACACGUUCAUAUUUUAUAACAAUGUUGAUUUAGGGAAUGAGUGAACAUUAUAUUUAAAAAGCUGCCUGGA